AACCGUCUCUGCAGCCUCAGUAGGAUCACCAUACCAUGCUCUUUGUACUUCACUUCUUCCUUCUGAUCAAUGUCAAAGAUUUUGCGCUAACUAAAAGCAAUGUGGUCAUUCCUUUGUGCCAAAAAGGAUAUUUUCCCUGUGGAAAUAUGAGCAAAUGCUUGCCACGUGCUUUUCACUGCGAUGGUGUAGAUGACUGCGGGAAUGGCGCUGAUGAAGAGAACUGCGGUGACACUAGUGGAUGGACAACUAUAUUUGGCACGGUCCACGGAAAUGUUGACAAUGUUACAGUAACACAGGAGUGCUUUCUAAGCCAAUAUCCACAACAUUGUAACUGCAAAGAAACUGAAUUGGAAUGUGUUGGUUCUGACUUAAGGAUGGUGCCAACUCUUUCCUGCAAUGUGACAUCACUGUCUCUUAAGAAAAACAAAAUCCACAGUCUCCCAGAUAAAGUUUUCAUCAAAUACACAGAACUUGAAAAGAUAUAUCUUCAGUAUAAUUGCCUUAGUCACAUAUCCAGGAAAGCAUUUUUUGGAUUACACAAUCUUCAAGUACUGUAUCUCAACCACAACUGCAUAACAAGCCUCAAACCUGGAGUAUUUAGAGAUUUGCAUCAGCUAACGUGGCUAAUUCUAGAUGACAAUCCAAUAAGCAGAAUUUCACAUCGGUUGUUUGCUGGACUAAAUUCCUUGUUUUUCCUGUCUAUGGUUAACAACUACUUAGAAGCCCUUCCCAAGCAGAUAUGCACCCAUAUGCCUCAACUUAACUGGAUGGACCUGGAAGGCAAUCGGAUAAAGCGUCUUAGAAAUUCCACCUUUGUGUCCUGCAAUUCACUCACAGUGCUGUUUCUGCCUAGAAAUCAAAUUGAUUUUGUUCCAGAGAAGACAUUUUCUUCAUUAAAAAAUUUAGGAGAACUGGAUCUGUCUAGCAACAUGAUGACAGAGCUUCCAGCUCACCUUUUUAGAGACCUGCCGCGCCUACAAAAACUGAACCUGUCAUCCAACCCUCUUUUGUAUCUCCACAAGAACCCGUUUGAAAGUCUUAAACAACUUCAGUCUCUAGACCUGGAAAGGAUAGAGAUUCCAAAUAUAAACACACGCAUGUUUCAACCCAUGAAGAAUCUUUCUCACAUUUAUUUCAAAAACUUUCGAUACUGCUCCUAUGCUCCCCAUGUCCGAAUAUGUAUGCCCUCGACUGACGGCAUUUCUUCAUUUGAGGACCUCUUGGCUAACAAUAUCCUCAGAGUGUUUGUCUGGGUUAUAGCUUUCAUUACCUGCUUUGGAAAUCUUUUUGUCAUUGGCAUGCGAUCUUUCAUUAAAGCCGAAAAUACAACUCACGCUCUGUCCAUCAAAGUCCUCUGUUGUGCCGACUGCCUCAUGGGUGUCUACCUGCUCUUCAUCGGCUUCUUUGAUAUGAAAUACCGAGGACAAUAUCAGAAGUAUGCCCUGCUGUGGAUGGAGAGUGUCCAGUGCCGCCUCAUGGGCUUCCUGGCCAUGCUGUCCACUGAAGUCUCUGUCCUCUUGCUCACCUACCUGACUGUGGAGAAGUUCUUGGUUAUCGUUUUCCCCUUUAGUAACUUUCGCCCUGGAAGACGGCAGACCUCAUUCAUUCUCAUCUGCAUCUGGGUCGUGGGAUUUCUGAUCGCUGCAAUUCCCUUUUGGGAUGAGGAUUAUUUUGGAAACUUUUAUGGAAAAAAUGGAGUGUGUUUCCCACUUUAUUACGACCAAACUGAAGAGAUUGGAAGCAAAGGGUACUCUCUUGGAAUUUUCCUAGGUGUGAACUUGCUGGCUUUUCUCGUCAUUGUGUUUUCCUAUGUGACUAUGUUCUGUUCCAUUCAAAAAACCGCCGUGCAGACCUCGGAAGUGAGGACUCACAUCGGACAAGAGGUGGCCGUGGCAAAGCGUUUCUUUUUUAUAGUGUUCUCUGAUGCCAUCUGCUGGAUUCCUGUGUUUGUUGUGAAAAUCCUUUCUCUCUUCCAGGUGGAAAUACCAGGCACGAUCACUUCCUGGAUAGUGAUAUUUUUCCUUCCAGUAAACAGUGCCUUGAACCCCAUCCUCUACACCCUCACCACGAGUGUUUUUAAGGACAAGUUGAAACAGCUCAUGCACAAACACCGCAGGAAAUCCAUCUUCAAAGUCAAGAAGAAAAGUUCAUCCACAUCCAUUGUGUGGACAGAUGACUCCUCUUCACUCAAACUGGUGAUUUUGAACAAAAUAACCAUUGGGGAGAGUCUAAUGAAACCAGUUUCCUAGGAAUGGUUUGGGGUCUGUAGAGACUUCAUGAAGGACCUAGAACAAGGUACAGCUUUAGGAAGAUGAUGUCUGCAAUGCUCUCCAUCUUUACCAACAGCAAACCUUCCUGCACAGGGAGCAAGCAGGGCCCUGGCACCACACUCCAAAAGCAGCUGCGUAGUGACUGUGCUAGAAAGUGUGCCCAACGGUCCUCUCUCCUCAUGUCCCUGAAAGGCACACGUGGAUCCAUAAAUAGUAGCAUAAGCAGCUGGUCUCUAGCUUAUCGACAUACCGGCCUACCAAUCAAGGCGCACUCGUUAGCAUGUCACAGUCUGCUUGAGCAUCGAGUCGCACUGCCCACAAACUAAUAACAUUCACGCCAACGUAAGCUUGUGUGGCUGUAAGAGCAUAAGUCUAACACCUCUUUCCUUUUUCAAUAUCAAAUAACACCAUCAGUAUCCUGCUGAAUUGGAAGGCAACGAUUUCCAGGAUGUUUACCCACUCCAGGUCUGACUUCAAGGAAACUGGUGGGAUAGCAACUUGGAAAGCAGAACUUCAUAUGGGACUUUGAAAAUGAGGUUACCACAUGGAACACGUGACUAGAGAGGCACAAUGAGGAAGUCUAGUAGCACUCACAUUUCUGACUUUCAUUUAAAGUCAGAAGGACCAAGAACUUAAAAAAAAAAAAUUUUUUUUUUUGCC